AAUGCGCGAGCACCGCAAAUUUAAAAAUAAUGGGCACAGAAAGAAAAUCAACAAAAUUAUUAUUAACCCUCUAUUAACCUCUUUACUCUUUAAAAACUUCAAAAAUAAUAUUUUUAUUUUUAUUCUGAUUCUUUUAAAUUUAAUUAAUUUAACCCCAACAAAUGCAUUAAGACGCAGAUCAGAAAAUGAAGAAAUCCAAAUCACCGUCUACCCAGCCGAAUUAACCGUUCAAGAAGGUCGGGAGGCCAGUUUUGACUGUAGAGCCCGUGCCACAGACAAUAGUAUUUACCCAGAAGUAAGGUGGACUCGAGUAGGCGGGAGACUACCUGAUGGAGUCUAUGAAAGUGGAGGAAGACUUGUAUUUUCAAAUUCAAAAUUGGCUCAUUCUGGCCGAUAUAUUUGUUUGGCAAUGCAUAAGGGAAGGAGUGUCGAAGCUUUUGCACAAUUACAAGUUCAAUCAUUUGGACCUCAAGAAUUCCAAACAGACAACAAUCCACCAAGUCAACCAGUUACCUGUAGUGCUAAUGAACGUGCUUGUGGAGGAAAUGAAUGUGUAAAGAUGGAAUAUGUUUGUGAUGGAGAAAGGGACUGUAGGGAUGGAUCUGAUGAAUUGAAUUGCCCUUCCAAACGGCACUGUGAGCCAAACGAGUUUAAAUGUAACAAUGAAAAAUGUGUCCAGAAAAUGUGGCUAUGUGAUGGAGAUGAUGAUUGUGGGGAUGGCUCUGAUGAAUUAAAUUGUAAACAACGCAAACCUGGAGAUCUGUGUCAAGCAACAGAAUUUAGUUGUAAAGAUGGGAGGCAAUGUGUACCCUCAAGUUUUCAUUGCGACGGGACUAAUGAUUGUCAUGAUGGAAGCGAUGAAAUUGGUAUGGGGUGUUCUAAUUAGUCCUGUCGGAGCCGCUUUAUAAUGUACAUUAUUGGGGCUAAAAUUACUGUACUUUAUAAUUAGGUGUCCCUUAAAUAGAGGAUAUCGUUUAGGAGUC